AUGCCCAUUGCCGCUGCCGUCGCGAAGUACGCCUAUCAACAAGCCCAGGGCGGUGGUGGCAAGCCCCAUUCCUCUGUAACAGAAUGGGUAGACAUCCUGACGGGAGUCACUUAUGACGGUGAUGCAUAUGACGGCAUUCCGGAACUCAUCGACUCCAUCAACAUUCAGCCCGCUACAGGAGUAGCAGAGGCAUCGCGCGCGAUCCGCAAGAAGAUCAAGCACGGCAACGCGCACAACCAGUACCGGGCCAUGGUGAUCCUCAACGCGCUCGUCGAGAACGCCGGGGAGAAGUUCCAGACGAGUUUCGCGGACAGCCAUCUCGUCGAUGCCAUCAAGCAUCUCGCCACAGACCCUGGCACUGAUCCCAAGGUGCAACGCAAGACCAUCGCGAUUCUCGCGAGCUGGCACCGCUCGUUCGGCGAUGAUCGCUCGAUGGCGAAUGUCGCAGGCCUGUACCGACAGGUCAAGCCGGCCGGCCCACCAAAGCCGGACCCGGAGGUUCUGCGCCAGAAGCGUGAGGAGGAGAUUCGCAGGCGCGAGGAGGAGGUUCACAGGCGCGAGGAGUUGGAGCGCAAGGCUCGUGAGGAGGAGGAAGCGCGUAAGCUUGCGAAAGUUCGCGCGAAGCAGGAGAAGGAGAAGCAAAAGGCUGAGGAGGAGGAGCGUAAGCGCAAGGCGAAGGCGCCCAAGACCACGACUCAGCCUCGGCGGAGAUUCAACUUUGAAGAGGAGAAACCCAAGGUCCUGGAGGCAAUCGCAACCGCGACGUCAGCAUCGAACAAUCUGGUGAAUGCGAUCACACUCGUGAAUACCGACCACGACAGUCUGGCGACGAAUGAGCGUGUACAGGACUGCCUCGCGAAGGUGAAGCAGAUCCGCAAGCCGAUCGUUCGCUACAUCCAGUUGGUUGACAAUGAGGACUUCGUUGGCACAUUGAUUGAGACAAAUGACCGCAUCAUCGCUGCUCUCGAGACAUACGACAAGCUCAGCAACCCUACGGUGACGGAGGCGGAUGUCGAAUCGGUACAGAAGGCCCUCGGGAACGCUCGCAUUGGUGGCGAAAGCGAGGUCAAUAAGUUACAGGAGAAGCAGCGUGCUGCAGUUCGCCGUGCAGCAGGACGGCGUGGAGAUGACCUACUUGGCGGCGACAGCGCGUACUCAGGUGCCGGGGUUGGUGGUAGCAGUAUGCACCCCGACCUGCAGGAUCUCAGCUUUGGCACUCUUGGCGCAGAACAAAGCAGACUGCCUCCUCCGAUCCGUCCGCGUUCCGGCGACUACACGAGCGACGAGAACAGGCAUGGGAGCCUUUCGGACUACUCUGACUACCAAAGCUCGGACGAGGAUACACAUAAUGCGAGGGCCUCUACCUCGAAUCGCGCGUACGAAUCGUAUGCGCCUCGGAAGCAGGCCGUGUCGGAGGAUCCCUUUGCCGACCCCUUUGCCGAUUAG